AGUCGGCGCAGCAGCGGCCGCCCCAGCAACAGCGGCGGCGCCGGCCCAGCACCGCCACGCACCCCUGUCCGGCCGGGUCACGGAGGCAGCGCCGCGGCGGGACCCGGAACCUGUCCCGGCCGAGCAGCGCCGCGCCGCCAGGCGUCCAGCUGUCCGAUGGGGCCUCAGCGGCGGCUGCCCUCCGCCGCGACCUCCGCCCUGAUCUGGGGCUUCCUGCUCCGGCUGACAGCUGCUCAGGAAGCAAUCCUGCAUGCAUCUGGAAAUGGGACACUUUUACCAUCUAAGGACUACUGUAUGUUAUAUAACCCUCAUUGGACAGCUCUUCCAAGUACCUUAGAAAAUGCAACCGCCAUUAGUUUGAUGAAUCUGACUUUCACACCACUGUGCAACAUUUCUGAUAUUCCUCCUGAGGGAAUAAAGAACAAGGCAGUUGUGGUACAGUGGGGAACCUGCCAUUUUCUUCAAAAAGCCGGAAUUGCAAAAAAAGGAGGUGCUGAAGCAUUGUUGGUUGCCAAUAACAGUGUACUAUUUCCUCCCUCAGGGAACAAAUCUGAAUUUCAUGAUGUGGAAAUACUGAUUGCAUUUAUACAGCACAAAGACUUUAAAGAUAUGAAGCAGACCCUUGGAGAUAAUAUUACUGUGAAAAUGUAUUCUCCAUCAUGGCCUAACUUUGACUACACGAUGGUGGUUAUUUUUGUAAUUGCUGUGUUCACUGUGGCAUUAGGAGGGUACUGGAGUGGACUAAUUGAAUUGGAAAACAUGAAGGCAAUGGCAAACCCUGAAGAUGGAGAAAUGAGGAAAAAGAAGGAAGAAUAUUUAACUUUUAGUCCUCUAACAGUUGUAAUAUUUGUGGUCAUCUGCUGUGUUAUGAUGGUCUUACUUUAUUUCUUCUACAAAUGGUUGGUUUAUGUUAUGAUAGCAAUUUUCUGCAUAGCAUCAGCGAUGAGUAUGUACAACUGUCUAGCUGCACUAAUUCAUAGGAUACCAUAUGGACAAUGCAAGAUUGUGUGUUGUGGCAAAAGCAUUGAAGUGAGACUUAUUUUUCUCUCUGGACUGUGCAUUGCAAUAGCUGUUGUUUGGGCUGUGUUUCGAAAUGAAAAUAGGUGGGCUUGGAUUUUACAAGAUAUCUUGGGGAUUGCUUUCUGUCUGAAUUUAAUUAAAACAAUGAAGUUACCCAACUUCAAGUCAUGUGUGAUACUUCUAGGCCUUCUCCUCCUCUAUGAUGUAUUUUUUGUUUUCAUAACACCAUUCAUCACAAAGAACGGCGAGAGUAUCAUGGUUGAACUUGCAGCUGGACCUUUUGGAAAUAAUGAAAAGUUACCAGUAGUCAUCAGAGUGCCAAAGCUGACGUAUUUCUCAGUAAUGAAUGUGUGCAUCAUGCCAGUUUCAAUAUUGGGUUUUGGAGACAUCAUUGUACCAGGCCUAUUGAUUGCAUACUGUAGAAGAUUUGAUGAGCAGACUGGCUCUUCGUCUAUAUAUUAUAUCUCUUCCACAAUUGCCUAUGCUGUUGGCAUGAUACUUACAUUUGUUGUUCUGGUGCUGAUGAAAAAGGGGCAACCUGCUCUCCUCUAUUUAGUACCUUGCACACUUAUUACUGCCUCGAUUGUUGCUUGGAGACGUAAGGAAAUGAAAAAGUUCUGGAAAGGUAACGGGUAUCAGAUGAUGGAACAGCCCGACUAUGCAACAAAUGAAGAAGACCCUGUGACUGCUGGUGAACAGAUUGUCCAACAGUAAUACUAUGUGGACUUGCCAUAAAUGUGUCAAUUGAUUUUCUACAAAUAGAGUUCGACUUUUUGAAUUGACUUUUGAAUUGACAAUCUGAAAGAAUUUUCAAUGACAUGCUUGCAAAUAUAUAUUUUUAAGAGCUGGUACUGACAAUUACAUCAUAAAUAAUUAAAAUACAUUUGCUUUUAACUAUGUUAAAGUUGUGCCUUCACAUUAAAUAAAAGGAUUUGGUCUGUUUAAUUUUCAAAAUGUAUUAUAUACAGUAUAUUUUUCUAAAAAAGAAUUGAUCCACCCCUGUACUUUUCUUACUGAAAUCUGUUUCAACUCUAAUGAUAGAUAAAAGUAUUUCUGUCUUAAGUGAGUUUCUGAACAGAUUUUACUGUAAAGAAUUAUGCAAAUUUUAUGCUCUAUAGAAAUAACUAUUUAAGACCAUGCAAGAAGGCAGUUUAGCAAUGAAAUUUUGGACUUGUAUCACUGCAAAGGUUAGAAAAAUAUAAUUUGGGAAUAUAUAAAUGCAUAUUUUUAUAGCAUACAUUAAAAAAAAUUCCCAGUUCUUUUUUAAACUUGAGAACCUAAAUUGCUUCAAAUUGCGUAUGUAUUAUAUUAGAAUAUUUUUCCAGGGAUACAGAAACAUAAUAUAUAGAACUAAUCAUUAAAAGGACACAAAAACUGAAAUCCACAGUUUUCUGUGGUCUGAUGUUUCCUUGAAGAUGUAGCUUAAAUUUCUACAUUAAUAUUCAAUUUCACUAUGGUAUUUCUGAUCUCUGAAGUUUGAUCCUGUUGACGCUAAGGCUUGAUAUUUUGUAUAAAUUAUUUUUUUAUCAAAUUAUAUAUUAAUACAUAUGGCUUAUUGUUUGAGUAUAAUAUCCCUAACAAUUACCCCCACCCUCCCAACUUUUUUGCCUCAGUCCCACUCCUUUCCCCAAAAGAAACCUCUUAACUUUUUAAUAUUUUGGUGGUUUACAAAUGUACAAAGUGUGCUUCAGAGGAAAGAAUUGAAGACAAAAGACAGGAAACUGGGUGUUAGUCUCAGUGUAAUUACAUUACAAGAGUUUGAGUAAAUUGUCUUAGCUCAAGACACUUGUAUCUCAGUUCUCUCACCUGCAGAAUGAGUAGAUUAGACCAAUUAAUCAAUCUUGUACCUUCCAGCUUGAAAAAAUCUUGCUCAUUCUUUGCUAAAUCUCAGAUGUAACCUCCAACAUUCUGCUGGGCAUCAGAGGUCAAAUUAUCUUUCCAUUUUCUUUUAUUUUCUCUAAGAAAUUUCCAAAUGACAUGUGAUUGCAAAGGCAGCAGAAAUUUGCAUUUCUCUGUAAAUAAUAUAUAAAAUAUGUGAGCAAAUCAUGAUCUUUCAUUCUACAGCCAGUUCAGCUGAUUAAAAGGUAAAAUUAAUGCCUUUUAAAAUGGAUCAGAGCUUUGAUGUUUGAACUAAAUUUAGCACUUGAGAGAAUUAGAUGCUUUUGAUUAAGUCUUAACUUUUGCUGAGUAAAUUAAAGGUAGAGAAGCCCCCUUGACAGCCCUCUUUCCACUUAAUACACUUCUGGGUCCUUUAGUAAAUGGCAAGUAUCUGACAAGUAAGGGUUAAACUUAAUUUUGCCUCUGUAAUAUCAAGUUUGAAUUUUUUCCAAAGAAUAUAAUUUAUUUGGAACUCUGAUAGAAGAACAGAUUAAGUACCAUUUUAAAGCUCCAACUAUAUUUUCAUUUAUAAUAUCAAUAAAAUGUUUGCCAGAAUACAGCUUUUUUAGUAAAAUUAUCUGCAUUCUCAUCCCAGCUUUCUGAUAUUCAAAAGCCUCACCACAUUUUAUGAAGAAUGUUUAAGAAAAUUUUACAUCUAGAAAUCUAAAAUUUUAGUGCUUUGAUACAAAUUCUACUUUAUCCAACCAUUGUUAUCAAGGAGGUAAACCCUAUUCUAGUUUGCUUUUAAAUUUUUAUUGACUAACUAGAAAUAAGAAAUAAAAAGUGAAAUUCCUUAAGUUUCUCCAUUCUCAAUGUCAACUUUAUAUUUUACUUAAAUACUCAUUUUACCAACCCACCUGAAAAUAUUUAGAAAAAUUACAAUAAAGUACAGAAAUAUUUUACUUUGGGGAUCAAAAUGAACAGAAGGUAGGGGAGAUGAAAACUUGGCUUUAAAAGGCAACAUCGUUUCUUCCUCUCUUGCCCUUCUACCAUAAGAUACUUUAUUACUACUUAUAGAAAAACAAUUAUUGCUUAGAAAUUCUCUGAACAUUUUUUUAGCUUAUCAAACAAAUCACUAAAUAUCUCAAAUUGUAAUAUAGAUGAUUUUUUCCCUUCAGUUUAGUUCAGCAAAGAUAAAUAGAUUUGUGGGGAAAGGAAGACCUUUCUAAGUCCUAAUACAUUGUAUUUUCUUCUAGCUUGUUUUUUUCUUUAUCUUAGCAGUACCUUAUUAGUGCAAUCUGCAAUUUAUUUCACUUUUGAAAGAAGAAAAAUUUAAUCCAUCUGCUGUUGGCAUUUAUAGAUUUUAGUUAAAUACCCAUAGAGAUUUUGGUGAAAUGGUACAUUUAUAGUAAAUACAAAUGAACUUUAUAGCUAUCUUUUGCUCUUUCAAUUUUUGCCUUAGGUAUAAGCAAACAUUAUUUUUACAUUUGACCAAAAUAUUUGAACUAAUUUAUUUAAGCCUGGUCUCAAAUUUCAGCCUGAUCUCAACCAAUGAGACUUCGAAAACACAGGAAUUGCAUUUCAGGCUGGUGGAACGUACUAGUGUACUAGUUUGAAAGGCUUCAUAUUUUUCCAUUAACAAGGAAAAGAAUUCAAUUUAUUUAAGGUGAUGCCAAAUAACCAACUCUACAGUUUGAAAAAUAUAUAUAUUUUCAGUAAUCGAAUUUAUCUCAGAUAAUUCUAAACAGGUUGGGAGAGUAAUGCAAAUAAAAUCAAAAUACUGAAUAUAAAUCACUUUAUGCUUCCUAGGAGGCAGAUACUCUGUAUAUUCAAGAGAUCUGAAUCAAUUUACUCAACCUUUUGGAAUUUAAAAGAAAUUGUGUAGUACUCAUGAUUUGGAUUACUGAAUUUUCAGAGUAAACAAUGAUUGAAAGCGUAGUUAUACAGGCCAUAUUAUAGUGAAGACCUUGUAUGUGAGCUUCCUUGUUUAAUGUUUCAGUCUUUGUAUCUGUGAAAAGGUCAUUGGGGAACAAUGAUUGCCUAAACUAAAAUUUUGGAAUAGCCCCAUCUUAUUGUCAAUUAAGGGGCAACUGAAAGAAAAAAGUAUAGAAUGUCAUCAUUCGUUUCUUUGAUUAGGCAUAAAAGUAUUGUAAACAACUUCUAUUCUUUUGGAAUGUAAAUUAAAUAUAUAUCCAUAGUUUAUCUGGUUAACCUGCAGGAUUUCACAGUAAAACAUGUCAAUGUAAAUGUGGUAGUUUUUGCCUAUUCAUACCUUCUGUUGUAUUUUGUUUAAAUGAGAACCUUUUAAAAAAUACUUAUGAUUGGAUUUUUACUUAGAUGAUUGGAUUGAGUGUGGAAUUCUUUUUUUAACACUUUGAUAUGUAAGUGUAAAUUCAUACUUUAUAACACUAUUAAGCUUUAUUUUUUUUAUGGGACAUGAUUUAAAAUUUUUUGAAGUGUUAAUUUAGCAGUGCUUUAAAAGUCUUCAUUAUGUGCCAAUACUGACAAGGAAAACAAUUUUUUAAUGUAUUGAAUUCAUUAUGGUAUUCAAUAAAUUUUAUUUUAAAAUAAAAUUUGAAUUUGUGUUAUUUUGACUGGUGAAAAAUAAUUCAGAAUGGACUAAAGGUGUACUAGAACUUGUCCACAUAAGGUACAAAUGGUAAUAAUCACUUAAGAAAUUGUGUAGUUAUUUAAGUCUGACAAAUUAUCCAUAAAACUUAGAUUCCAUAAGUGUCAUUUACUGGAAAUUUAUAUUGAUACAUGAUAGCCCUUAAUAAAUAUUUAUUGAAUUAAUGUA